AACCAAAACCAUUAAGUGCUUACCGAUUUGUUGAUGUGACUUGAAUCGGACUAUCAACCGCUACGACUGGUAGUCAGGGUCUCGUUGUAUGGGCUCAAUGUUAUUUGGGUUCGGGUUCUGGGCCUGGUCUGUAAACGUUUCCUUUGCCAGAUUGGUUUAGGUUUAGACCCACAUGGAGAAGUACUACAAAUACUUCUCAUACUCCUCUGUAAUCUGUAAUCUCCUCGAUAUAGUAAAACUGACUCUCUCUCUCGUCCGUGGACUAACUAACACACAUCGUGUUAGUGAACCACGUAAAUCGUGUGUCUGUGUUUUUUCGAUUCUCGCUUUCAUAUUCUUGCUUUAUCGAUUCCGGCGAUUUCCCGAUCCGUAGUAGCGCGUUUAUAUCACGGGUUUUACUCGUUAAAGGGAAAUCGAUACACCCCUAGGUGGAGCCCUAGGAACCAGCCCACUAAUAACUCGUCAGAGUCGUACCGAUCAGGUCAGGAUAGAAUGCUGCUAUUAUUUACCAAUCAGUCUGUUACCAGUAAUAUCUUCCCCCUACUCAUUUGCCCUUCAAAUGCAUCUAUAACUUCUAGCCUUGUUUCUACUCUUCUUCUGACCUAUUUUUAUCCCACAGAUGAAACCAAGAUGAAAUCUUUUUGAGUUGUUUUGCUACCCUAUAUGGAUUUUAACUUCUUUCUUAAAAAUAAAGUCGAAGUCUAAUAGGGAAAGUAGAGAUGCUUCGAGAUGGAGAGGGCCAGUUGGUGCUUUGCCUCAUGGAGGCCUCUUUCACAGGAAUCCUAUCCUUUUUCACAGCUUUUCUUCCCGCAGGCAGGUUUAAAUUAAUGGCUGCCUUUCCUUGACAACUGUUUGGCCUGCACUAGGUUAACCGCUGUAAAUGCUGUAGGAUAGAUCUUAUCCCUGUGUUGCCAGCUACUUGGUUCAGCAGAUGGAUGCUCCCAUCUGUAAUAUAAAUCAAAGUAGCUCUGAAGUCUGAAUGGUCUAUUUUCUUACCCAAGCAAUAGAUCUUCAGUUAGUUCAAUUGGGUGUCCAUAUAUGUCUCUUAGGGCUGUCAAUUUGGGUGCCGUUUUUUCAGUUUAAACCGAAACCAAACCGAGAAUGUGCUCUUAUCGGUUUCUGGUAUCGAUCUCGAAUCGUUUUGCACUUAUCGGUUUUGGUCGAUCCAAACCGAACUGCUAGGAGGUUUAAACUGUUAUUGGCAAGGGUUUUAGAACAGGCAGUACCGGAUAGGGUACUGGUAGGAUUUUUUUGUGUUUAAACUUUAAACCAUUAUUCGACCGUUUUAUACCGAUAAAAUCCUACACCGGUUUUUACUCCGGCAGACGUUUUUUUUCCGGCUGGACAGUCCGUACAGGUUAACCGAAAUUGUGAAGCCCCCUGAACAGCUUAGUUUGAUUUCAAAGAAAGGUGCUUGUUUCGGUUUUCCGGUUUCUUGAUUUUUCAGUAAACCGAACCAAACCGAGAGAUCCCACCCUCUACAAAUCUUCAUGUGACUCAUAUGCAACUCGGGCUAAAGAGGCUCUGCCUGCCUCUUAGCCCUGUCUUAGUCUAGAAUUCUUUUCUCAGCUGCUGAAAUCACGAGGUUUUAUUAUGCAUGGAGAUAGCAAUGCAGAUACCAGUCUGGAAUUCUUUUCUCAGUGCUCAAUGGAAAAAGCAAAAGAAAGAAAAAGGCUUCUGGGGACGUGGACAUAAAAAUGCAAUUUCUGCAAGCUGCUAUAAUUUCAAGGCAAAGAAAGAGGCCUUUUAAUUUUUAUGAAUGGAGCAGAGUGGCUGUGUGAUAGCAGCAGAUUCCUGAAAUGAAGUCCACCAAAGAACUGGCCCCAUUUCUGCUUGCUGUGUCUUUAUCCUGUUUUCUUCCCAUCCCCUGUUUUUCUCCCCACAUUAUUAUUGUCUUCUUUUUUAAGUUUCUAGGGCCACGAAUUCUAUGAAUUGCGGCACCUAUCCAUCUCUCCGGGCUGUCACAUUCAGAUGACUUUUGUGUAUGCUUCACUUAGCUUUCAAAGGAGUGUUUAUCGUUAUAGGAGGUUGUACCGGAAAAGUUAGCGGGAUAGUAUUUUGUGCUCUGAAGAUUAUUCGUGUGGGCUAACAAACCUUUACUAGCUAGCAUGUUGUUGUGUUUUGCACCAACCAACGAGUUUCUAGCGACUCGGAUUCUUGGGGUGGAAGUCUAGUAUAUAUGAUCAGUCCGAUGAUAGGUAUUGUGGUUAGCGCUCUCGGAUAUAUGUAUUGAGAACAAGGAUUGUAAAACCGUACCAGAGGUUUUACCAAAAAAGGUUAGCGGUAGGGUAGUUUGUACUUUAAAUCGUGGUUCAAUCGUUUUAUACCACGUUAAUGAUAACUUGUCGAUUUGUGCUCCGAUAGGAGGUUUUUAUAGGUUUGAUCACCGAACGGUUUCACAGAGACUGGUUUUAGAGUGUGAGUUGAUAGACUGGUUGAGGCUCUUUUGCUGCUUUCUCGAUAGAUUUGGAAACAUGUCAGCGGCAAGGUUCACAUUUCUUAUCCUCUAAGCUCUCCUUUUUCCGGGUUGCAACUUUUCUAAAAAAGCUAAGCUAUGUGGAGAGAGGGGUCCACAACUGCUUUUAAGAAUAUGAGAAUCGGCAAAAAACUUGUGGUUUCUUUAUUUUUACAUUAUUUCAUAUGAAAUUGAUAAUUGAAUGCCUGCUAGCAACUCGAAUUAUCAGGAUAAAUUGAUUUUCGAUAUGGUAUAAGAGUAUUUGAUGAUGGAUAGGGUUGGUGUUUGAAUUCCGAUAUCUCUAAUUUGUUAAAUACAUGAUAUUCUGAUAUGUCCGUAUUUUAAGCCUGUAUAAGUAAGACUAACUCCAACCCAUAAAGGGGAAUUUAGCUCCCCAAAUGGCCAAAUAUGGCUUUUUAGCUCCCCAAACCCACUUUUCACUCCAACCCUAUAAAAAGCUAAAUUUAGCUUCCCAUUUCCAUUUUUCAAUUUAUUUCAAUAAACCAUACUUAUUUGACCUCUAAUUUUUAUAUUUCACUUUAAUUUUUUCAUAACUCGUUAUUAGUUUUGAAUACAAAUUUUUCGAUGUAAUUUUUUUUAAAUUCCGAGAUAAUUUUUUUUUUCAAAAAUUAGUCGUUAAAAUAUUACCGUUAAAACUUCGGGACCACUCCAAAUAUGACCGUUUUUUUGUAUCCGUUACUUUACGACCGUUUUUUUUGUCAUUUUUUGCACCAAUUGUCUUUAUAAAUGACAGUUCUUCAUUUUCAUCAACUCAACUAAAACUUCUUCCCAUUUCUAAAACAAACACAUUCAUCAUGAGUAUCUCAGAUAGCUCAUCGUCUGGAGAAGAAGAAAACGAAGAGUACGAAAGGUUUCACCACCUACGUUUGAGUUUGAUCGGUCGGAGGCUGGCUGAAGGUGCAUCAAGUCGCCGUCAAACUACAAGCCGACGUCACAUUGAUCGUGAGAGGGUCGAAUGUAAUGGACGUCUUAUGAGGGAUUACUUCGAUCCAAAUCCAGUAUACAAUGCUCGCAUAUUCAGAAGGCGCUAUCGGAUGCAGCCAAGAUUAUUCCAUCGCAUUAUGGGCGACAUUGUGAGGUUUGACCCCCCAUCUUCUGAUAUCGACACCCAAGCUCUGCACAAGAUUUCAUCUUCAUUCGUACGCCAAUUAGGUCCUCUCUUGCCUGUCAUAUUUCUAUUUUGAGAGACGAUAACAAUUGAAUUUUGAGAGAAUUCGAUUUAUGCUCUGAGAAUGAGUGAAGAGAAAUCUAUGAAGAGUGCUGUAAUAUAUAAGAAAAAAUAUGGCCGUUAAAAUAUGACCGUUUUUUAUGGCCGUUAAAAUAUGACCGUUUUUUCGUCACUACAUCAAUUAUUUCAAAUUGAAUCACAAACAACCAAUGAGAAUAGAGAAAAAAAAUCCAAAAAAAAUUGGCAAAACAAAUUCCCUCACUACAAAAGUUAAAAGAAAAAAAGAAAAAAAAAAGUAACAGCACGUCAGCUGCGGAGAAGGGCGCCGGACGCGCGCCUGGCGCCCUUCUCCGCAUCUGACAAACAAACCCACUUUUUGGCAGCCAAAUAUCACUCCCCACCCCAAAACCCAGCCAAAUUUCCCUUCCAAAAUCCCAAUACCCAUUUUUUGCUUCCCAUUUUUUUGUGGGUUGGAGCUUGAAAAAGAGCUAAAUUUGACUUUUUAGCAUUUUAGCUCCUUGGGUUGGAGCCAGCCUAAGUGUUUUUAGAGUGUUGGUAAAGAAACUGUUAUUUAUCAUUGAAGUUCUCCGAACAAAAUCGAACUAUUGGGACGAACACAUAACAUAAGAGUUGGGGGGUCUUAUUUUUCCACUCCUUCUCCCAAUAAUUUGUUCAAAUCCGAACCCGACCAUUUACAAUUUACACUUUCCGGGCUGUUCAUCCCCUAUUUAUUUCUGCCUGUCGUUUUGCUUCACUUUUUCUAGCUUCCUUUACACAUUCUAAACGUGGCAUUUGAUCGAACUCUAAACUGCAUCAAUGUCCACCUCGAUUGGAGUUUGAGUUCAAAGAGACAUUUUCCCGACUUUCGUAUAUAUGUUCAUCUUUUCAUUCGUAAUUUGGUCUUUGAUUGGACUAAUCACUAAUCACACACGCUCUUAAUGCCCGAGCAAUCCGAUUGAGCAAACACAUGCCUAACUGUGCUCACGUUGAAGUCCCUAUAACAAAUUAAUGAUCUUCUCGAUCUCAGAGUCUUGUUCGUUGUGGUGUUGGCGGCAACGGUCCAUUCAUAUCAAUGGUUGGUUUGAUCUCUGCGUAACCCUCAUCCAAUGAAUCAUCCAAAGACCAAGUGAAUGCGGAACUAGAGGUCGUUAUUUGAUAUUCAAUCCACCAAUCCAAUUCAUCUAAUAAUUAAACUAAUCCAAUCCAAUUAAUUCAUGUUCAAUUGGACAGGUGAAUUAACGAAUUAGAUUCAUGGGUUGUUGGAGAAUUAUUACGGUUUUAGUGUAAAACACAAUAGGGUGCAAUCUGACAAUCUUUAUUGAAUGCAGCAAAGAGAAUGUAAAUAUGGUGAUGUGUGCCACAGAACUCGGCCACUAACAACCACCCUAACUCCCAGACUCCUGAUUCCUAGCUACCAUUACUAACUGAUUGGGCUAAAAGCUCUCAACAGUCCUGCAUAACACACAGGGACUUAUUUGCAACAAACUAAAAAAUAAAUGACUAGCUAGACAGUAAGACAAGCGACGCCGCACCCACUAAUACGAUCAGACUCUAAUUAGAACCAAGAACUUGGCGCCCACAGACUAAUCCUUGUGCAGUAAGGAUUCCAACCUCAGCAGCUCCAACAUUUAGUACCUAAAUUUGUUAUAUUUUACAAUUCAAAAUAUAAAGUAGCCAUCGAUUUUUUUUAUAUAUAGGAAUAAAGUAGCCAUCGAUAUGAUGCAAAGUAUAACGACCCCCUUGUACUAUCCUUGCUAGCUAGGGCUAAUAAAGGUUUUCUUUCAUGGUGCCUGAUUUAUGUGUUGUGUGGUUGUUAAGUAAGGUUUGGGCCAACUAUUCUUUCUUAUGAAACAAUAUAGUACUUGAUUGAUAUGGACAACUACUAAUAACGGAAGAAGCAUGCUUUCAAGUCUCUCCACCAAAAUUAGGAAACGUUUUGGUGGAGCCGUUCAGUUAACAUUAAUAUUUUUUGUAAUCAUUAAUUAAUCUCAACAUGUAUGGCCUUGAAUUCACAAACCAUUUCAUUAAUAUACUAAUUACUUUGAUGACGUCGAAAGAUUCGAGCAUCUCAUUAUUACCUUGAAAAUCACCAACAUGCUUUUUCCGGGGAUUUUAGACAACAACAUUCUAACCAUCAUCACAUGCAAAAAUCACUUUAUAGUCCAUCCAAAAGUGUCCCAAACUCCCGAUAAUUGUUAUUUGAGAAAAUUAGCAUAUUCAUACUACAAACUUGUAUGUUGUGAGUGCGUAUUGGAAAUUCACAAAGAAAAAAAAAACGUAACAGGUCCAAGUGAAUCCAUAUUUAGCAAGCUCGUGUCGAUAACUUGUUAAUCCGUUAGAAAGAGCAAUGAUAGAAAUCUGGAAUAUCAAUAUGAACGAAAAAGAAUAAUCUAUUGUAUACCAACCGUUGGAGUUAGCUGGUGGCAGUUUCAGUAGAAAUAGUAGUCGUCGGAGACCAACGACAACAUGUUGCAACGCAUCGAUCAGCAAAAAUAAUGACAAGAAAAAUAUGUGCGAUUAGAUAUGUACAUUCAAUCUCCAUCGUUCGAUAACCGUCAUAUGUUACUUGAAUGGCAAGCAACCCACCUCUUUCCACAUCGAUCCAAUUAACAUUGUUAUCAAUCCAUAUAACAACAUAACAAGCAACAUGAAUGAAAAUUUCAAACUCUA